AUGGAUCGGUCGCGGCCGCAACCUCCAUUGCCGUCAGUGGCGACACCAAGGGCACAGCUCAAGCGUAAGCACGGCGAGAUCGCUGACCCAACUCAACUUAAACGUGGCGACAACCAUGAGCAGAUCGCCGGACCUGGACCUGAACAACCUGUAUUUCUCAAGAAGGCCACCGAACCUACCAGAAACGGAUCACAGCCGCCGGAAGCUGCAAUCGACAAUGAGGACGAAUCCGAGGAUGACUCGAUGCUUGAGGACAUUCUUGACACUAUUGAGCUCGAUCCUUAUGUUGCAGUCGAUGAUGACAAUAUUGGCCUGUCAAAGACGCAAUGUCAGCAGCUACACCGCGAGCUGCGGAAAGACGGUCCAGAGGCAUUUCUCGAUCAUUACUUGACGAAGAGCAGUAUCACAUCGAAAUUGACGGAGAGCAAUAUCACACCGAAACUGCUCGGGUUUGCCUUUGGAAUAAGUCCUGGUUUUGCGUUCGAAGACGAUGACAUAUUCGAGCUGGUCCUCCGGAAGACAAUCUCACGCGCAUACAAGAAACGACUUAAGCUUGCUGAGUACAACACGAUCGACGAUGCUGCCAAGUUACUCCGCUCAAAGAAGAAUAUCAUGGUCAUCACUGGCGCAGGCAUAUCGACCUCCCUCGGUAUACCUGACUUCCGAUCGCAAGGCACUGGUUUCUACGACAAGGUCAGAGCUAUGGGGUACGAGGGUGGCGAAGACGUCUUCCAGAUUGAUGAGUUCGACAGGGAUCCGACGAUAUUUUAUAGCCUGGCUGGCGACAUUCUGCCCGACCUCAAGCGCUUCUCGCCCACACAUGCUUUUGUCAAGCUACUUCAGACCAAUGAACGCCUACAAACCAACUACACGCAAAACAUUGACAAUCUGGAGGAGUUGGCUGGCAUUGAUAAAGCUCGUCUCAUCCAAUGCCAUGGUAGCUUCGCUACAGCCAGCUGUCGGAAGUGCAAACAUAAGGUCCUAGGCCGUGCAAUCUUCGAUGACAUCCGUAAACAGCGCGUCGCUAAGUGCAAGCGCUGCAUACAAAAGUUGGCGGAGCAGCCGCCUCCUCGACCACCGCUCAAGAAGCGCAAAUCGAAGUUGACCCUGUUUCGCAAGAACGACUGGGAAGAUAGUAGUGAUGAUGACGAGAGUGCUUACGACAUGCCACAACCAGGGAUUAUGAAACCAGACAUCACGUUCUUCGGUGAGAAGCUCCCCAACACAUUCUUCGAUCGCUUCACGGAGAAGGACUGCAAACGAGUGGAUCUGGUCAUUGUGAUCGGCACGUCGUUGAAGGUGGCACCCGUCAGCGAGAUGCCCAACUAUCUUCCGCAUAGCGUGCCGCACAUCUACAUUUCGCGUGAGCCAAUCGCGCAUGUCAACUUCGACAUCCAACUGCUUGGCGAAUGCGAUCAUAUCGUAUACGAGCUUUGCCGACGAGCUGGGUGGGCGCUGAAACAUGAGAUGAUUCCGAAGGACUUUGGGGUGAAUGUCGCGAAGGUAGAGGGCUAUGAUUGUAGGUGGUAUAUCCUUCCCAAGGGAAAGAAGGUGGGAGAGGAGAAUGUCGAGAGCAAGGCUUCCAAACCACACAAGAAGCCAGGAAGGUUGAUCGACCAGCAAUAG